AUGGCUCCGGAUGGCGCUGCCCGGAUUGCUGCCAUCGCCGUGCCCGGAUCGCUGCCAUCGCCAUGCCCGGAUCGCUGCCAUUGCCGUGCCCGGGGCGCUGCCAUCGCCGUGCCCGGAUCGCUGCCAUCGCCGUGCCCGGGGCGCUGCCAUCGCCAUGCCCGGAUCGCUGCCAUCGCCGUGCCCGGAUCGCUGCCAUCGCCGUGCCCGGGGCGCUGCCAUCGCCGUGCCCGGAUCGCUGCCAUCGCCGUGCCCGGAUCGCUCCCGCUGCCGUGCCCGCUCUCCUCGCUCAGCACAUCAGGGCCCAUCCCCUUCCCUGCCGCCCUGGCCAUUGUGCUGGGCUGCCUGCUCUCGGGGGCGCACAGCCAGACCCCCGGAGCCCUCCCGGAGAGCGCGGUGCCCCUGGGGGAGCUGGGCCGGGAGCAGCCCCAGGGCCUGGUGCGUGUUGGGCUGCCGGGGGCCGUGCCCAACGCGUCGGGCGCCGCCGGGAGCCGUCCCUCGGAGGCGCCGCUGCUGCCCGUGUGCGCCCGGCCCGCCGACAUCCGCCACGCCUUCAAGUACAUCAACACCAUCGUGUCCUGCACCAUCUUCGUCGUGGGCAUCGUCGGCAACUCCACGCUGCUGCGCAUCAUCUACAAGAACAAGUGCAUGAGGAACGGCCCCAACGUGCUCAUCGCCAGCCUGGCCCUGGGCGACCUGCUCUACAUCCUCAUCGCGCUGCCCAUCAACGUCUACAAGCUCCUGGCCAAGGACUGGCCCUUCGGCGUGCAGGUCUGCAAGCUGGUGCCCUUCAUCCAGAAAGCCUCUGUGGGCAUCACAGUGCUCAGCCUCUGUGCCCUCAGCAUCGACAGGUACCGAGCCGUGGCGUCCUGGAGCCGGAUCCAGGGCAUUGGGAUCCCCAUGUGGAAGGCUGUGGAGGUGCUGCUCAUCUGGGCAGUGGCCAUCGUGCUGGCCGUGCCCGAGGCCAUCGCCUUCGACAUGGUGGAGCUGAGCUACUGGGAGCAGCACCUGUGGGUGUGCAUGCUGGCCUCGGAGCAGAAAUCCCGCUUCAUGAGGUUCUAUCGGGAUGUGAAGGACUGGUGGCUUUUUGGCUUCUAUUUCUGCCUGCCCUUGGUGUGCACGGGCAUCUUCUACACCCUCAUGUCCUGUGAGAUGCUGAGCAAGAGGAACGGGAUGAGGAUCGCUCUGAAUGACCACAUGAAACGGCGCCGGGAGGUGGCCAAGACCGUGUUCUGCCUGGUGGUGAUCUUUGCUCUCUGCUGGCUGCCCCUGCACCUCAGCCGCAUCCUCAAGAAAACCAUCUACGACCAGACGGACCCCAACCGCUGCGAGCUGCUCAGCUUCCUCCUGGUGAUGGAUUAUUUUGGGAUCAACAUGGCCUCCCUCAACUCCUGCAUCAACCCUGUGGCUCUGUACUUUGUCAGCCGGAAAUUCAAGAACUGCUUCCAGUCCUGCCUGUGCUGCUGGUGCCAGAGGCCGGCCCUGAGCAUCACCCCCACGGAUGAGAAGGGCUCUGUUGGCAAGUGGAAAGCCACGGGGCAGGAGCUGGGGCUGGACAGGAGCAGCUCCCGCCUGAGCAACAAGUACAGCUCCUCCUAAAGCCGGGUCACUGUCCAGGACAAGGCACAGGGACAGCAGGACUCCUCCGAUCCUCCCCCGGGCUCUCCCUGGCUGGGCCUGGAUCUGCUUUGCCGUUGUGUCCUCACCCAGCUGGAAGGAGCUGGAGCACUCCCCAGGACCUGCUCCAAGCCCUGACCCCAGAGGUCCUCUCAGGAGAGGGAAGGGCAUUCACAUCCUCACAGGAUUUUUCAUUUCCUCACAGGAAAGCCAAGGCACUUCUGGCCAUUGCCUCGGGGUGGAACGUGGGGUUGGGGGAUGCGUGUGGGAGGGGAAGGAACACUGGGGUGGUCACCCUGUGGGGUGAGGAGGAGAGGGAGAGUGACAAUUCCCAGCUGUAAAAGCCAAGCAAAGCCUGGAUAAAUCCCUGUGAGGCACAGAGAUGCCCUUGUGGUCAUGUGGAGGUGGGAAAGGCAGUGGAGAAGGUCCAGUCUCAGCUGGAAGAGCCACUAGAGCAAAGUAAAAUAUGGGAAAGGGCCCUCUCGAAUUGAUUAUUGGCAAUAAUUCAUCCCCCAGGUGAUGUGCCAGCAAUUCUCAAGGCCAGGUUGGACAGGGCUUGGAGCACCCUGGGAUAGGGGAAGGAGUCCCUGCCCAUGGCAGGGGUGGGAGGAGAGGGAGUGGAGGUCCCUCCCAACACAAACCAGUCUGUGACUGCAAUCCACGUGAUUCCACGUGACUGAGAAUCCAUGUGAUCCCAUUCUAACGUUGUUGCCAAAACUUCCAGAAAAACUACAUCAAAAAGUUGUAUUUAUCAGGCUUUUGAUGAUUGUUUGCUGGUUUUCCCACAUCUCUCUUUUCCCUCUCUCUCUUUUCCUUCUUUCCCCCUUCUACCUUGUCAUAGAAAAAAAAUGGAGAGAGGAAAAGGGGAGAAGAGACAAGACCUGCAAUUAAAACAUUCUCCAGGUGUUGGGGUGGGCUUUUAGCUUAACUUUCACUCAAAUGUAAAUGUUUUACAAAUAAAUCAUAAAAGUCAAA